AUGGCUUUUACCUGUCCCGGAGCGGGAGGAGCCGCCGCCGCUGGAGAAGGGAGGAACCAAGUCAACGCCUAGUUUACACGGGACCGGCGCCGCGGGGAGCGCGAGAAAGCGAGGCGCAGCGGGCGGCCGCUGGAGCCAAGGCCGCUCCGGCAAUCCAGCCAGGUCACCCUUCGCCUGGGGGAGGGCUGCAAGGAGCCGGGGCGGCGCUGCGUUGGCGGGGAGGGGAGAAGGAAACAGCGGCACUUUCUGUUUCCCCGCCGAGUUGCUGGAGACUUUUUCGGGGCUGGAAGCUCGCGGCGAGCCUGGUGCGCCCCCGGCUCCCCUUCGUGUGGGGGCGGCUCUGAGCCCGGCGAGGGGAGACGCGGCGGUGCUUUCCCUGCCCCCAGCCCACUCGGUGACUUUGGGGCGGUACUGCAGGGAGCCGUGUCUCUCCUGGACCCCAGGGAGGUCCCCGGAAGGGGGGAAGCGGCGGCGCUUUCUCUGCUGCCCGCUCCCCGUUGUGGGUGCCUCGGUUUUUGGCGGGGAGCGGGUCCGUUCCCCUGGCACCUCCUGCGCCUUGCUCCCCAUGGCCAGCCGCCCCCAUGGCUCCGACCAAAGGGCUGCGGCUGCUCUGGAAGCAGGAGCCGGCUCCAAGCGCCCUGCUGGAGGCGCGCAGCCGCCGCGACUGUCUGCUGCUGGAGGCCGGCACCGUGGCCACCCUCACUCCUGAAGAAAAGGAGGUAAUUAAAGGGCAAUAUGAAAAGCUCAUGGAUGCCUAUGGCUGCUUGGGAGAGCUCCGGCUAAAAUGUGGUAACAUGCGGCUGCAUUUUCUGGUCCUGGUGACAGGCUGUACAUCGGUGGGAAAAAUCCUGGAUGCUGAAGUUUACAAAAUCACCGCAACAGAUUUCUGUCCCCUCCAGGAAGAAACCAAGGAAGAGGAUCGUGUUAAUGCCCUUAAGAAAAUCCUGAACUCUGGGAUGUUCUAUUUCUCCUGGCCAAAUGCAGGCUCAAACUUUGACCUGACAGUGCGGGCCCAGAAGCAGGGUGAUAACAACUAUGAAUCUGGUAACUCCUUCUUCUGGAACCAAUUGCUGCAUGUGCCCUUUAAACACAACCAGGUGAGCUGCUCCGACUGGCUGCUAAAAGUGAUCUGUGGCAUAGUGGACAUCCACACGGUUUAUGCCUCUCACAAGAAGGCGAAGGUCUGCCUCAUUUCCCGGAUCAGCUGCGAACGAGCUGGGGCCAGGUUUCACAUUCGAGGGGUCAGUGAUGAUGGACACGUAUCUAAUUUUGUUGAGACAGAGCAGACAAUUUAUUUGGACGAUGACAUCUCUUCCUUUGUUCAAAUCAGAGGCUCCGUCCCACUGUUUUGGGAGCAACCAGGGCUUCAGGUUGGCUCCCAUCAUCUGAGACUUAACAGGGGCCUAGAAGCAAAUGCUCCUGCUUUUGACAGGCAUAUGAUGCUUCUGAAAGAGCAAUAUGGAAAACAAGUGAUUGUUAACCUGUUGGGAAGCAGAGGAGGAGAGGAGGUGCUCAACAGAGCUUUCAAGAAAUUGCUGUGGGCCUCUUCCCAUGCUGCAGACACACCCAUGAUUAAUUUUGACUACCAUCAGCUUGCAAAAGGUGGGAAAAUAGAGAAGCUGGAGAAUUUGUUGAGGCCUCAGCUAAAGUUGCACUGGGAUGAAUUUGGCAUCUUCACAAAGGGCAAGAAUGUAUCUGCCCGUCUGCAGACAGGUACCUUGCGAAUGAAUUGCCUGGACUGUCUUGAUCGUACAAAUAGCGUACAGUCCUUCAUUGCACUUGAGGUUCUGCACACUCAGUUAGAAAGCCUAGGGUUGAACUCAAAGUCUAUUGUUGACCGCUUUGUGGAGUCCUACAAGGCAAUGUGGACUCUCAAUGGUCACAAUCUAAGUAAAGUGUUUACAGGCAGUCGUGCCCUGGAGGGGAAAGCCAAGGUAGGGAAGCUCAAGGAUGGAGCCCGCGCUGUGUCACGCACCAUUCAGUCAAAUUUCUUUGACAGUGUGAAGCAGGAAGCCAUCAAGUUGCUACUCAUGGGUGAUUUCUUCAGCGAGGAACAUGCAGACAAAGGAAGGAUGCUUAUGGACAACACAGCUCUGCUGGUGACUCCCAGUAUUUUGAAGGCCAUGUCAGAGCGUCAGUUUGAAUUCACGUGCUUCAAGCGGAUUCGUGUUGCCAUGGGGACCUGGAAUGUAAAUGGAGGCAAACAAUUUAGAAGCAACAUCCUUGGUACCAGCGAGUUAACAGACUGGCUGCUGGAUUCUCCCAAGCUCUCUGGGGUUUCUGAAUUUCAGGACGAUGAGAGCUGUCCUGCUGACAUGUUUGCUGUGGGAUUUGAAGAGAUGGUGGAAUUAAAUGCAGGGAAUAUUGUAAAUACCAGUACAACUAAUAGGAAGAUGUGGGGGGAGCAGCUUCAGAAAGCGGUUUCCAGGACUCACCGGUACAUUCUGCUGACAUCGGCACAGCUUGUUGGCGUUUGUCUCUUCAUCUUUGUACGACCUUAUCACGUCCCCUUCAUUAGGGAUGUAGCAAUAGACAUAGUGAAAACCGGGAUGGGAGGGAAAGCUGGGAAUAAAGGUGCAGUAGGCAUCCGUUUCCAGUUCCACAGUACCAGUUUUUGCUUCAUAUGCAGUCACUUGACAGCUGGUCAGUCUCAAGUGAAAGAGAGGAAUGAAGAUUAUAAAGAGAUUACACAGAAACUCAGCUUCCCAAUGGGGAGGAAUGUGUUCUCACAUGACUAUGUGUUCUGGUGUGGUGAUUUUAACUAUCGCAUUGAUCUGACAUAUGAAGAAGUCUUUUAUUUUCUUAAACGACAAGACUGGAAAAGACUCCUGGAAUUUGAUCAACUACAGCAGCAGAAAUCCAGUGGAAAAAUUUUUAAAGACUUUCAUGAAGGCACUAUUCAUUUUGGACCAACAUAUAAAUAUGACGUUGGCUCAGAGGCUUAUGAUACAAGCGAUAAGUGCAGAACCCCUGCUUGGACUGACCGAGUGCUUUGGUGGAGAAAGAAGCUUUCAUUUGAUAAAACAGCUGGAGAGAUCAAUCUCCUAGAUAGUGAUCUGAGUGCUGAAACAAAAGUCAAACACACUUGGACUCCUGGUGCCCUGAUGUAUUAUGGAAGAGCGGAGCUGCAGGCAUCUGAUCACAGGCCCGUGUUAGCUAUUGUAGAAGUGGAAGUCCAGGAAGUUAACGUGGCUGCCCGCGAAAGCGUUUUCCAGGAAGUGUCAUCCUUCCAGGGACCAUUGGAUGCCACCGUAAUGGUAAAUCUCCAGUCACCAACCCCUGAAGAGAAAAACGAAUUUCCCGAGGACUUGCGGACUGAGCUUAUGCAAAUAUUUGAGAAUUAUGGCACCAUUGUUCUUGUCAGGAUCAAUCGAGGUCAGAUGAUGGUAACAUUUGCAGACAGCAGGUCAGCUCUCAGUGUUCUGGAUAUGGAUGGUAGCAAGGUCAAAGGCAGAGCAGUGAAUAUCCGGCCUAAGACUAAGGAUUGGCUGAAGGGCUUUCAGGAGGAAAUUGCUCGAAAACGGGAGAGCAUUGCACCCAUGUCACCCACCGCAAACUCCUGUCUGCUGGAGGAAAACUUUGAUUUUUCAAGUCUGGACUAUGAAUCAGAAGGUGAUAUACUAGAUGAUGAUGAGGAUGAUUAUUUGGAUGACAUGCUGCCUCAGCACCCGGUAGCAGAGAUGACAGAAGGCUUACCUGAGGGUCCUGAAUAUUUUACGGUUGCACCCACAGUAACUUCAAGCAAAUCUCCACUGCUUACUGGAGGAAAGCCACAUCCAUAUAAAGAUGAUGCUGACCUAGCUGAAUUAAAGCAGGAGCUGGAAUUAGGUGUGGGGCUUCGCCAUCGGUCUCCAAGCAGAUCUCUGUCUGUUCCUGACAGGCCUCGCCCGCCUCAGCCACCCCAGAGACCUCCCCCUCCAGCUGGAGUAUCUGUCAAAAAAUCUCCAUCCGAUGGUUCCAUCUCCUCAGGAGGUCACUCCCUGUGCUCCAUCCUGCAGACGGCAAAGCUUCUCCCAGGGGCGCCUCAGCAACCACCUAAAGCCCGGACUGGAAUAAGUAAGCCUUAUAACGUCAAGCAGAUCAAAACCACCACAGCUCAGGAAGCGGAGGAAGCUAUUAGAUGUCUGAUGGAAGCAAAAGGCGGAACACAAGAGAAUGCUCUGAAGCUUGCUCCAGUAAGAACCCAAACCACCCAGCCUGACUCCCUUCCCAGCAUCACAAAGUCAGCAUCAUUUCAGGGGUCACAAUCAGGACCAGUGCUCGUGCCCCAUCGCCCUCCACCCAAAGUUCCAACCAUAAAGAAGCCGGUGCCCCAGCAAAGAACUGGAGUCAAAUCAGAAAAUCUUGACCAGCAGCCCGUCCGCUUUCACAUUGGAUUGUCCGAGUCCUGCCUUGAAACCAAAGCCAUUACCAGUCCCACUAGGAUCACCCCCAUUCCUAAGCCGAGAACAACGCCGCCCGGGAAAGCUCCUGAGAGAAGAAGCAGCAGCGAUAGGCAGCCGCCCAGCCUAGGCAUUUCAGAGGAAAGUGCGGUGGCCCUGCAGAACUCCUUUGCCCCAAAGGUUCCACCACGAAGGAAGAAGUCUGCUCCUGCUGCCCUUCACCAGCAGGUGCUUCAGAGCAGUAACAGUCUGCUUCUUAGUGGCUUAACAUUCAAUUCCAACAACAACAAUAGUCCUUCUGAGUACAACCCUACAACACAGGACUCUGACAUCCUCCCCCUUUCUCCCGGAGACUCUGAUCUUUCAGCUCCAACAUCCACUGCCAGCCCAGACAGCAGUGGCACUAAGCACUUGACACCAACUGCUUUGGACUUUUUUGCUGACCUUCAAGGCCCUCCUACCCCAGACAUCCAGCAGCCACAGCUGUUAGCCACCAAUUCACUAACAGAGAGCAUCAAUCUCUUGGACCUGGACACCGAUAUUUCCUUUCCUUUUUCCACACCAGCAACAACUAGCCCAACACACACUCCGAGCAAUUUGAAACUCCCCAGCCCAAAAGAUUUUAGUCACUGGGUUACUUUUAGUGAUGAUGAAGUCAAUGGUACAUUAUCAGAGGGAGUCAGCAAACUGCUGGUCUUAGAGGAAAACAAAAAUACCUGGAUGGACAGAAAUGCUAACUUAGAGUUGUGAGAUUUUUUUUUCCUUGAUUUUUUUCUUUUUUCCGCUACAGAAAUCUAAUUACUGUACAAGAUAAAAAUCUGCUUUGUAUACAGAGUUGUAGAAGUGUGGCAAGGCCACAUUUUAUUUUUGUGUUUAAAAAAAUUCUAGUAUGAUCUGGGGGCAAAAUACAAGACAUCAGGCAAUACUGUACAACUUGCAAAAAAAAAUCUUUAGUCUAAAUUAUUUCCCUUUUUC